CGCAGUGGCGAGGAGAAUCCCGGGCGCUGCGGCUGCUGCAUUCGAACAGCGACGAUUGCCGGAGACACUCGCGUUUCUCCUUCCGCUUGCUCGUCAAGGACUGGCACGACGCCGCAACACCUUCAGAACGAGAGAGAAGCCACGCCAUCGUCAUCGUCUAUGUACGACGGCACACCGUUCGCCGCCGCCAUCGCCGCCACCAGCUUUAACAUGAAUACGUCGCCGAGCCACCUUGCUCAGUCGCUCGGCCGGGCCGCCGCACUGCCGAAGCCGCCGCCACCGCCCGAUAGUAGCGUGUCGAAAGUGUCGGUAUCCUGUGCCAGCAUCAAAACGGAGGCAGGUUGUCAUGACGACGCCGGCAAAGGUGAUUGGAGCGCACAGUGCGUGUACGCGUAUAGCGGCAAUCAGGGAGGCGGCGUACGCGACUCGAUGGCUGAGCUCAGCGGCGGCCUGCGGCAAGGGGACGUCUACUACAAGCAGGUAUCGCCGGCCGAUUCGCGCCUCACCAGCCCGAGCGCCUUCAGUGGGGUCGCGCACUGCUUCAGCUCGGCCAUGAGUGAGAUACGCGGCGGAGCGGGGCUGGACGCGGGCCGCUACGCAGACACGUCGGAGCUGGUGGCAAGUCUGACCGACAAACACGGGCUAGGCAUCGGCAGACAAGGCAUGAAUCAGAGGACACCUCUAUCAUUGGCCCAACCGGAUCUUAACAGAUUGCCGAAACCUGAGCCGUCAUAUGAUUCGUUAAGGAAGAGCGGAUGGCCCGCACACCCUUGCUCGCAGAGUCAAGGCUACCACCCGAAUGCGUUACACACGAUGGGCAAGCCGGCACUAGAUGCCCACUCUCACCUGAGAAAUAUGACAGGUGCCGAUCCAUACCAGCUGUUCGGACCGACGAGCAAUCGUCUGGCGCACUCAGGUGGUGACGUCAACCCGGACGAGGUAGCGCGCCGCUGGGGGGAGCGCAAGUCGAAACCAAACAUGAACUACGACAAGCUGAGUCGCGCGCUGCGCUAUUACUACGACAAGAACAUCAUGACGAAAGUGCACGGCAAGCGCUACGCCUACAAGUUUGACUUUGCCGGCCUGGCGCAAGCGAGCCAGCCGGCGGCGGACCCGACCGCCUAUAAGUACCAGUCGGAUCUAUUCAUGUCCGGCUAUCACCACUCGGCGCCGACGCUAAACUUCGUGAGUCCGCACGCCGGCAUCCCGACGUCGUCGCCGAGCCUGUUCGGAUCGCCGACGUCGUACUGGUCGAAUCCGGGCGCCAACAUCUACUCCGGUCACUCGAUGACUCAUCAUCCGACGCACAUGACGUCACACCUCGGCAGCUACUACGCGGCGUGAUUUCGGGUGAUUCGCCGUCGCGCGACAUUUCGUUGACAUUCGUGAUCAAUUUAGCCGUCUAAGCGGUGAUGACAUCACCACGGUU